AUGAUUACAUUGGCUUUCCUUCUUUUCGAUGGUUCGAGGAAAAACAGCAACAAUGAAGAUGCGGACAGAGACUCGGGUGGCUAUGGUCAGAAAGAUGGUUGUGAUGAUGUGAUGAAUGCCAAUUAUGGAGACUGUGGUAGUGGAGGAUGCAAUGGGGGCUGUGAGGGAGGAGUAGAUACCUUUGAGGUUGGCAGUGGUCAGAAAGAUGGCUGUGAUGAUAUGAUGAGUGCCAAUUGUGGAGACUGUGGUGCUGGAGGAUGCGGGGGCUGUGGAGGAGGAGAUGGAUAUGCAUUUGAAGUUGGCGGUGGUCAGAAAGAUGGUUGUGAUGACAUGAUGAACGCCAACUUUGGGUACUGUGGUGGUGGUGGUGGAGGAUGCAAUGCUAGCUGCAAAGGAGCUGGAUGUGUGGGAGGAGGAUGUCAUGAAAAGUUGAAGUCAUCAGUUCCAAGUCAUAUAUUAACACAACAAUUUCAACUGUACGGGCAAAAGAAGAACUGCAGCAGAACAUUUUAUCUGGGGACUGGGGUUCAAGGGAAUGACAACUUUGCCAACUGUAAUAAACUAAUCAUCCUCAAAUCUACACCAUUAUCAAGUCCCCAUUAA